AUGUUGUCUAAUUUUGAACAUGAAAUAUUAUUGCAGCCUUCUUUGCCUACAAUUUUUCCAAGUCUAAAUGAUGAUAAUUACUACUCUCUUGAUGAUGAUUCUUAUAAUUGUCAUAAUUAUCAACAUCCACAAAUGGUUAAUAAUGAAGAAGAAAAGGCCUUGAUGGUGUCACAAAAAGAAGAGGAAAUUAAUGUGACAUUUGUUGGUGAAAAUAGCAAAGCAAAUGAAAGCAAGAAGAAGAGAAAAAGAACAAAAAUAAGAAUGAAGAGUAGUGAGGAAGUUGAGAAUCAAAGAAUGACACAUAUUGAAGUGGAGAGGAAUAGAAGAAAGCAAAUGAAUGAACAUCUUCAUGUGUUGAGGUCACUCAUGCCAAGCUCAUAUGUACAAAGGGGUGAUCAAGCUUCAAUUGUUGGUGGAGCAAUAGAAUUUGUAAGAGAAUUGGAACAACUUUUACAAUGUCUUGAAUCACAAAAAAGAAGAAAACUCUAUGGAGAUCAUCAAGAUUCAUCAUUAAUGGAAAUUCAAAAUCCAUCUAAUUUAGUAUUUGCUCCUAAUAAUAAUGAAAUUGGAAUUAUUCAAGAAGAUAUAGCUGAGAUUAAGUCAAUUUUGGCUGAUGUUGAAGUGAAGAUUAUUGGUAUUGAUAAUGCUAUGAUCAAGAUUUUAUCAAAAAGAAGGCCAGGACAACUCAUUAACACUAUUUCUGCAUUACAAGAUUUGCAACUUAACAUUAUUCAUACAAAUGUUACAACAAUUGAACAUACUGUUUUGUAUACUUUCAAUGUUAAGAUUUGUGGUGAAACAAGGUUUUCAGCUGAUAAUAUAGCAAAUUUGGUCCAGCAAAUAUUCAGUUUUUUUCAUGCAAAUAGUGCCAUAUGAAGUAAAACUAGUGGAGGCCAGCUGCCUAAUUUAUUACUAGUAUUUUGUAUACUUAUAUCAUAUAGUAAUUAAAUCUUGUUUAAUUUUGGAGUUGAAAUCUUAGUAAAUACUCCUUACAUA